UUAAAACCCGGAGCUCUGACGAGGGAGGAUCCGGAGCUACACAGACGCGGCGCAAACAACUCCGCUCCGCCGCUCCCCCGGGAGUGGAAGCUAGGAGGGAGAAGGGGGCGGAUAGGAAGCCGGGCAUGCUCAGUAGACGCGACAAAGUUUUUUUUUUUUCUCUCCCUCCUCUCCCUCUCUCUUUUUUUUUUUUUUGGUCGCAAGUAGGAAGCUUUUUGCACUCCACCACCUCUGGCCGCUGGGAAGACGUCAUCGCUUCCGCCCUACUUCCUCCUCCUGUUGGCGGCGGUGAGAAUCCAAUAUGGAGUAAAUCGGUAGAGUCAAGAGAUGGGGCUCGGACGGGGCGCCCUGCACCGCCUCCUAGGCGCACCUCCCCCGGCCUCCGACCGCUCCCCGAAGCCGUGAUUGGCCCGGCCCCCGGGGGCGACCCCGGACCAAGCCCCAACCCGCGACCGGCCCUCUUCUCUUAGCAGUCCCUGCCGCUCCACGGCGCGCUUGUUUUUCUCCUCGUCUCCCUCACUGCCGUCCCCUGUCCAAACCUCUCCGCCUCCGCCUGCUCCCGAGCCCCCGGAGCCCCCGCCCGCUUAGCCCCUCGGCGCUGCGGCGCUUCUUAACCCCUGAAGCUUGCCUUUGCACCCCUUCCCCCAAACCACUCCGCGCCUCGGUUGUCCUGCUUCCCCUUUCCCUUCUGCCUUGUGCGGCGCCCCCUUCCCCAACCAAAUCAGGCGAUCUCCGGAGAUGUGAAGAAGGGGGGUGAGCGGACAGGAAGAUGAAGGGAGCAAAGCUGCCCGCCGCGGGACAGGCAUCUAGGUGAACAGGAAAAUGACCGAAGAAACACACCCGGACGAUGACAGCUAUAUCGUGCGUGUCAAGGCUGUGGUUAUGACCAGAGAUGACUCCAGCGGGGGAUGGUUCCCACAGGAAGGAGGCGGGAUCAGUCGCGUGGGGGUCUGCAAGGUCAUGCACCCCGAAGGCAACGGACGCAGCGGCUUUCUCAUCCAUGGCGAGCGGCAGAAAGACAAACUGGUGGUGCUGGAAUGCUAUGUGAGAAAGGACUUGGUCUACACCAAAGCCAACCCAACCUUCCAUCACUGGAAGGUCGACAAUAGGAAGUUCGGGCUUACUUUUCAAAGUCCUGCUGACGCUCGAGCCUUUGACAGGGGAGUGCGGAAAGCAAUUGAAGACCUCAUAGAAGGCUCAACCACAUCAUCUUCCACCAUCCAUAACGAAGCUGAGCUUGGGGAUGAUGACGUUUUCACGACAGCUACAGACAGUUCUUCUAAUUCCUCUCAGAAGAGGGAACAACCUACUCGGACAAUCUCCUCCCCCACAUCCUGUGAGCACCGGAGGAUUUAUACCCUGGGCCACCUCCACGACCCGUACCCCACGGACCACUAUCCCCUCGAACAGCCGAUGCCCAGGCCCUACCGCCAGGUGAGCUUCCCGGACGACGACGAGGAGAUCGUGCGCAUCAACCCCCGGGAGAAGUUCUGGAUCACGGGCUACGAGGACUACCGGCACGCGCCCGUGCGGGGCAAGCACCUGGACCCCUUGGACGACGCGGACUCCUACGUGCGCUUCGCCAAGGGCGAUGUCCCCAAGCACGACUACAACUACCCCUAUGUGGACUCCUCAGACUUUGGCCUCGGCGAGGACCCCAAAGGGCGUGGGGGCAGCGUGAUCAAGACCCAGCCAUCACGGAACAAGUCCCGGCGGCGGAAGGAGGACGGCGAGCGCUCCCGGUGCGAGUACUGUAGGGACAUGUUCAACCACGAGGAGAACCGGAGGGGCCACUGCCAGGACGCGCCCGACUCCGUGAGAACUUGCAUCCGCCGGGUGAGCUGUAUGUGGUGUGCGGACAGCAUGCUCUAUCACUGUAUGUCGGACCCCGAGGGCGACUAUACAGACCCGUGCUCGUGCGACACUAGCGACGAGAAGUUUUGCCUCCGGUGGAUGGCUCUUAUUGCCUUGUCUUUCUUGGCCCCCUGUAUGUGCUGUUACCUGCCCCUUCGGGCCUGCUACCACUGUGGAGUGAUGUGCAGGUGCUGCGGAGGGAAGCACAAAGCGGCCGUGUGACUGCGUGUCCCUUCUCCCCUCCACCCACAGCUACAAGGGAACUUGUCUCCUACACGCCCUCAUCCUCUCCUUGCUCCCUGGGACCUGGAGGUGCCAUUCCAGCCCAGGGAACCCGCCUGGUGGACUCUGCACCCCCCUGGCCACCAACUCAUCCAUCCCCGCACACAGUGUUCUAAAGAAAGGAACCUCCAGUAGACUCCCGUGUAUUAACAAUCUGUAAUCAAGCUGUCGUACAUCUGUGUUGAUUUCCUGCCUUUUCUCCCCACCUCUUCCAGUUCAAAGGUGACUGCAGUUGGAACUGCUGAUUUUUUUUGGUGGGUUCUGUAGUUGGGUUUUCCAAGAGCAUCAGAGACUAUCAUUCUCUUGGCCGAGCGCCUGUUGCUGUAGCAUCGCCGGGUUCCUGAGGGAGUGUGACGUCAGACUGGUGAAACCCAACCACGAGCAUUGCAACCUGCCGUUAGUUCUCCUGUCUAGAAGGUGAGCUAGUUAACAAACUUCUACCACAAAACCGGAUUGCUUUAACUUUUCUAAAGCCAAAUUCCCCAUGUAAACUGCAGUUUCUAUCUUGAGCCCAUCAUUUUCUGCCCCCGACCCCAAAUCUGUCAGUUCUUCACGAUGCAAAACAUUCACCCAUAAAAUGACUGAGAGUUGAGCCUUAACUUCGGAUUAACUUGUGAGAAUCAGGAAAAUUCCUUAAAAUGCAUCACAUCCUCGGGCCAGGGCUAGAAAGGGGAUUUCAGAUUUCUCUGAGCCUCCCCAGUUAUCCCUAAGGUAGACUUUUUAAAAUUGUGUUGCCACCACUUCUAAAAAUUUAGCAAUAUUGGAAGAAAAAUGCUAAUUAAGAAAUUUUGCUCAUUGUUUUGGAAACCAAAAUACUCUUUCAAACACAAACCAGUGCUGAGAAACACUACGGGUCGCGGUGAAACCAUGGGAGCUACCCCUUACCCCGGCCCCAGCAGGUAUUUUCUGUUUGGGGAGGGGAGCAUUUUAAAUGUCAUAAAUUUGAGGAGUGGUGGAUUGUAUUUCAUUCGUGGGUUUGUGUUUCUGCUUUCCUUUUGGACUCAAUUUCAAGUCACCAAAUUCUUCAUUUAUACUUGGGAAAAAACAAGGCCAUAUGUAAAAAACCUUCCGAUGCCUAAGUGUCUUUCUCCUGCAGCUCCGAACCCAGACUUGCCACUUGGUGCGCACAAAUGAUUGAGUCAGCAGGCUGGGUCUGCCUGUCGCCUUGCCACAUACGAGGCUUCGAAUUAGCUGGAAAAAGAGUAUUUUUUCUAAUCUAUUGCAAAGAAUAGCCAAAUCGUAAGGCAGAAGGAAGAGAAGUGAAGAGUGGUUUACCUGUACCUAGCAUAGUACAAUCAAAACGUCAUGGAGAGCAUAGGGCAGGCUUGUCCACACUGGCUGUUCUUCCGCCACGGUCUUCCUGUGGUGACGGCCGGCUGAGGGCACGGCCCGGUCCCUCUCCCCUGCUGCCCCCACCCCUUCCCUGUCGCACACACAACAUCAGCCUUCAAGGAAAGGGCCCUUUUUUCCAGUCUACCGGUCGUACUGGGAAAGUGUUGGCCACGCUUACCUUCAUGGGAUGUUUUCAGCUCAUCUGAGAGCCUGUUGUGUUUCUUUAGUCAGAUCAUCAGUGUAAAUACUCACUGUGCUUCCAAGUUCGUCGGUAGUUGUUUUCGUUUGUUGGAGUGACUGGUGUGGGCCUCUCAGUCUGGAAAAGGAGCAGAGGGCUGUCAAUCUGGUGAAGGAAGAACCACUCCCCGCCUGGAGAACAUCUAGAAAGCCUCCACCAGCCUCCAACUGUUACUGAGAGACCACCCCCCACCCCGCCCCAGCCCCCCUGAGGUUUUUUCUCACGGUCUUUCUCAAGGUCUCUUCUCUACAAAGCACAACACUAAUGUAUUUUUUGUCAGACCUCAGUUCAAGUGCCCCUAUUUAUUUCAGUGAGAAUACACGCAGCCCAGACGCUUCUCGUUGGUCGUCUCUGUUCAGUUCCUGUUUCUAUCUUCCUUCACCCCUUGUCCUGUUCCACCCGUUUGGAGAAUCGUGCCAGUGGAUCUUACUCCACGCAUGCUUUCUGGUUUGUGAAGGCAGCGGUUAAGGGCACAAAGGACAGCCCUGGGGACACGGAUGUAAAUACGUCUCUCUCAAGUCGCCACACUGCAGCUGAACAGUGUGUAGCAUUUUCCCAGUCGGCUUUGCCAUACUGACGUCAAUCAUUUGAGAAAAAUUAUUCAGAUUUUAUUUUUGUAUCUGUGGUAACAACACAUUAACCAAAAGAUUGUCUUGUUUGGAAGCGCCCCCCCGACCCCCAAGCUAUUUGCUCACAUUAACAAAUUUAAGUGCCUGAAGCAUAAUUCAUUCUUUACCUGUAUACUAAAAACCCUGUUGUAUUGAUUUUUUUUAUAAUAACCCUUUUUACCUCUGUGUAAAAAAUAUAUAUACAAGUGUAUGAUGUACAUUUUAAGUUCUUAACUUUUUUUAUGGUUUCUAAUAUGUAUGACCAAUGUAGCCAUUGCUUUCCAACGUACUGUGUAAAUACAAACACAUCCUACGAGA